GCCAAGGCCGCUGGCGGGACGGGACCUGCCGCGCUGGCUUCGAGCGAGUGACCUGGUCGGUCUUGAUUUCAGUGGUGGCGAUGGCCUCGUUCGUGACGGAAGUUUUGGCACACUCGGGGAGCCUGGAGAAGGAGGAUCUGGGCACCCGGAUCAGCCGCCUGACCCGGCGGGUUGAGGAGAUCAAGGGUGAAGUAUGCAAUAUGAUCAGCAAGAAGUACAGUGAAUUCCUGCCUAGCAUGCAGAGUGCACAGGACCUGGUUACCCAAGUGGAUAAGCUGUCUGAUGACAUCGACCAGCUGAAAUCCAGGAUAGAGAGUGAGGUCCGCCGAGAUCUUCAUGUAUCGACUGCUGAAUUUACAGACUUGAAGCAACAGUUGGAAAGAGACUCGGUAGUCCUAAGUUUGCUAAAACAGCUACAAGAGUUUUCUACUGCUAUUGAAGAAUAUAAUUGCGCAUUAACCGAGAAGAAGUACGUCACUGCAGCUCAGCGUCUGGAAGAGGCACAGAAAUGCUUGAAGUUGCUAAAAUCCAGAAAAUGCUUUGAUUUAAAAAUACUGAAAUGUCUCAGCAUGGAGCUUACAAUACAGAAACAGAACAUACUUUAUCACCUCGGAGAAGAGUGGCAGAGGCUGAUUGUCUGGAAGUUCCCACAAUCAAAAGAUACCAGCAGCUUGGAAUCUUGCCUGCAAACGGAACUUCAUUUAUGCACUGAACAAUCCCAGAAAGAGGAGAAGACCCCUAUAUCACCCAUCAGUUCUAUCCUUUUGGCAUUUUUUAUUCUUGGAGAACUGCACAUGAAGCUUAAAUCAUUUGGUCAGAUGCUGCUGAAGUAUAUCCUUAGACCUCUGGCAUCUUGCCCAUCCCUUUCUGCUGUGAUAGAAAACCAGCCUAAUUCAGUUAUUGUUCGUUUUGAAUCUGUGAUGACUAGUUUGGAACAUCCAUCGCCAUCUGAAGUUUUUGAGAAGAUCAGACUUGUACUGGAAGUGCUCCAGAAACAACUCCUAAAUUUGCCGCUUGAUACUGACCUAGAAAAUGAAAAACCAUCUACAGUUGUAUUGGCUGAGAUACUUGGUGAUGUAAUCUGGGAGGACUUGUCUGAGUGCCUCAUCAAAAACUGUUUGGUUUAUUCUAUUCCAACAAACAGCAGCAAGUUACAGCAAUAUGAAGAGAUCAUACAGUCUACUGAAGAAUUUGAAAAAGCCCUAAAGGAGAUGAGGUUUUUAAAAGGUGAUACUACUGAUUUGCUGAAAUAUGCCCGUAACAUCAAUUCUCAUUUUGCUAACAAGAAGUGCCAGGAUGUGAUCGUGGCGGCCAGAAACCUAAUGACCUCUGAAAUCCACAACACUGUGAAGAUUACUCCUGAUUGUAAGAUAAGUGUGCCAGACUUACCCAGCCCUCACGAAGAUGGCAAGCUAGAAAUACAGAGAGUGUCCAAAAGUCAGUGCAAUGAGUUGGUGAAUUUAGAGCCUGAAAAUACAUUGGACCGACAUUCCUUCUCAUUGCCCACAUGCCGCAUCAGUGAAUCGGUGAAGAAGUUAAUGGAACUUGCCUAUCAGACUUUACUAGAGGCAACCACCAGUAGUGACCAAUGUGCUGUUCAACUUUUCUACUCAGUGAGGAAUAUCUUCCAUUUGUUCCAUGAUGUUGUACCAACAUAUCACAAGGAGAAUCUGCAGAAAUUGCCCCAGUUGGCUGCCAUUCACCACAACAACUGUAUGUAUAUUGCUCACCACUUGCUGACCCUUGGCCAUCAGUUCCGAUUACGCCUGGCUCCCAUUCUUUGUGAUGGCACCACUACAUUUGUGGAUCUUGUGCCCGGCUUCAGGAGACUUGGGACAGAUUGUUUUUUGGCACAAAUGCGGGCACAGAAAGGUGAACUUUUGGAAAGAUUAUCAAGUGCCAGGAACUUUUCAAACAUGGACGAUGAAGAGAAUUAUUCUUCAGCAAGUAAAGCAAUCCGGCAGGUGCUACACCAGCUAAAGAGACUUGGAACUGUGUGGCAGGAUGUCUUGCCAGUGAAUAUAUAUUGCAAGGCUAUGGGGACUUUACUCAAUACAGCGAUUUCUGAGAUCAUUGGCCGGAUCACUGCCCUAGAGGACAUCUCAACUGAAGAUGGUGAUAGAUUAUAUUCCUUGUGCAAAACAGUGAUGGAUGAAGGACCUCAAGUCUUUGCACCUCUGUCAGAAGAAAGCAGGAAUAAGAAAUAUCAAGAAGAGGUUCCAGUCUAUGUGCCAAAAUGGAUGCCCUUCAAAGAAUUGAUGAUGAUGCUACAAGCCAGCUUGCAGGAAAUUGGGGAUCGGUGGGCAGAUGGGAAAGGGCCCCUGGCAGCUGCAUUUUCCUCAAGCGAAGUAAAAGCUUUAAUUCGUGCCUUGUUCCAGAACACAGAAAGAAGAGCGGCUGCCCUUUCUAAGAUUAAAUAGCACCGUCCUCCUGAGAAAGCCAUGUCUUGUCUGUGCUGAUUCCUCCCCUGGUGUAAUUACUUCUUUAAAGACUUCUUGGAGUCACUUGUUGGUGUUGGUGAACCAGUCUGUCAUGCAAGUUUGACUUCACACAAGCACAUCUUACCUCCUGGCCUAUGUGAGGCUUUGCUGAAGAACUAGAUACUAAGAUGUCAAGUGAAGCACCUCAAUCCAGUGACUUAUUGGCCACUUUUCUUUGAUAGACAAUAAACUCUAUAGGGCAGUUUUAUUUUAAUACUGUUUCUAGGGCCCUGUGGGAACUGUAUACAUUGUAAAUGUAGGCCAUGGCUUUGGAUUAAGGAAUCCAAGAGAUUCUAAGAGUUAAGGUAAACAAUUCAUGAGCAAAUGAGAGAGAUUUUUUAGCGGGAGUAAAGGUACCUUAUUUGGCCUUGCAGAAAUUGAGGAGACUUCCUGUAAUAUUUCUUUCCAGUAAAAAGUACUUUUCAGA